UAAAUGUCCACGUGGCACCACAGUUUUCGAACAUGUUCAUCUGGGCCUUCCGUUCCCAUCUUCAACACAAGCAAAGCAAACAGCCUAAGCAAUCAAACCAUUCAUUCUCUUAAUAAUCCAUGGCUUCAACAAACUACACAUCUCUGUGUUCUUCUUCACUUGUACGAAGAAUAAUUUCCCCGAAGCAAAACCAGUUGCUUUGUUCUUCGUUCAAUCUAAACCAAUUCACGAAUCACCCAUUUAUGAGUAGCAGUUUCUGCAAUUCCCACCCUUUAAAUACUCCAUCUUUUGUGUUCAUGGCCUCCCAAACAGAAAUUGAAGGCAGCGGAGAGGAGAAAUAUGAAAAGUACGAGGUCGAAAUAGUGAAGCCAUAUGGGCUGAAAUUUGCCAAGGGGAGAGAUGGCGGAACAUACAUUGAUGCAGUUGAACCCGGAGGAUCAGCUGAUAAGACUGGAAUGUUCACUGUUGGUGAUAAAGUUAUUGCCACCAGUGCAGUGUUUGGAGAUGACAUAUGGCCUUCUGCUGAAUAUGGAAGAACAAUGUAUACAAUUCGGCAGAGAUUAGGCCCUUUGUUCAUGAAAAUGGAGAAGAGAUAUGGGAAGAUGGAUAGUACGGGUGAGUUGUCAGAAAAGGAAAUUAUUAGACAGGAAAGGAAUGCCGGUUUCAUCAGUGAUAGGGUGAGAGAGAUUCAGUUUACAAAUGCAAUGAGGAAAAAGGAACAGAAAGAGCGCAGAGGAAUGGAUCUUCGUGAAGGACUUCGUCUAUACAAGAGUGGCGAAUAUGAAGAAGCAUUAGAGACAUUUGAGUCUGUAUUAGGAUCAAGACCAGAUCCAAAUGAAGCUGCAGUAGCAAGUUAUAAUGUUGCAUGUUGUUAUUCUAAGCUUAAUCAGAUUGAAGCUGGAUUGUUUGCCUUGGAGGAUGCAAUGAAAGCGGGAUUUGAAGAUUUCAAGAGAGUUAGAACAGAUCCAGAUCUUGCCAAUCUCAGGACAUCAGAUAACUUUGAGUCCCUUCUUAAGAAAUUCGAUGAAUCAUUCAUCAAUGAAAGCGCAAUCCAUGCGCUUAAAUCCCUGUUCGGGUUCAACAAAAAGUAGAACCAGCUGUUUGGAUAGGGCUUCUGCUUACAGAUAUAGCUGAACAUGUAUAUGAAUCCUGCAAGAAAAUUGUUGUUAUUUUGCAAUUCUGUCCUGCAACUGUACUUGAUUAAAUUUCAUGUACUUGUAUUAGAUGGUCUGAAAGAAAUUAUGGAGUUAUAAAUUAUCAACACGGAUCUCUCAUUGUUCUUUACUUGUAGGCUGUAGCAUGUCACCCUAGCGAAGCAUGUAGUUUUUUAAUGCUUCAUUGUAUAUUAUUCUAUCCGUUCUUAAACCGUUAUUGCUGCUUAUUUCAAAAAAAAAAAACGUCAUUGCUGUUUGAGUUUUUUUCUGUUUGCUUUUAGAAUGUUUCGAGAAAUA